GAGGCCGCGCCGGCGCCCGUGCCCGUGACCUUACCCGCGGCCGCGCCCGCCAGUGGGCGGGAGGGCGCGGAGGGCGACAUGGCGGUGCCGCGGCCCUGCGCCGAAGGCCCUUGCUGCUCCAGGCCCAGCGCGGCUCCCGGCGUGCAGCAGACGCUGGACGAGAUGGACUUCGAGAGGGGAAUCUGGUCCGCAGCCCUGAACGGGGACCUGGUCCGAGUGAAGUAUUUAAUUCAGAAGGCAGCGGACCCCAGCCAGCCCGACUCCGCCGGCUACACGGCUCUGCACUAUGCCAGCCGCAACGGGCACUAUGCCGUGUGCCAGUUCCUGCUGGAGAGCGGGGCCAAGUGUGAUGCCCAGACCCACGGGGGAGCCACCGCUCUGCACCGGGCCAGCUACUGUGGGCACACAGACAUCGCCCGGCUCCUGCUGUCGCACGGCUCCAAUCCCAGGCUGGUGGACGACGACGGCAUGACCAGUCUGCACAAGGCCGCCGAGAAGGGUCACGUGGACGUUUGCUCCCUCCUCUUGCAACACAGCCCAGCCCUGAAGGCCGUCCGGGACCGGAAGGCACGACUCGCCUGUGACCUGCUGCCCUGCAACAGCGACCUGCGGGACCUGCUGGCCAGCUGAGUCUCCCCGCUCCUGUCACGGGCUGCGUGUGGGGUACACGGACUAGCCCUCCAAGCCCCCGCCUCGGUCAGCGCCUGAGCCGCAGGGUGGGAUCCUGAGGCUGGAGGACCCCGGAAGAGCCCCAUUCUGGCCACUGGGGAAGCAAGGGCGGUGACUUGGUGGGGCUGCCAGUACUCCAGCCUGGACAGGUGACCGUAUUCUAAAUUAGUUCAUGUGGAAACAUCUCUCCGUUUGGAAAAAAUAAAGUUAUAUCCUUACCUCAUCCCACGCACAAGAAUAAAUUUCGAGCAAAGACCCAAAUCUGAAGAUACAAAAGUAUGUAAGCAUGAGAAGAAACUGUGGAAUAUGUGACAAAUGAACAGCUGCUUUCUAGCCAAGUGACCUUGGUACAAGUCACUUUACCCAUCUGUCCGGCGUCCUCAUUUUCUUUUUUUGCCUCGCGGCACGCAGGAUCUUAAUUCCCCUGACCAGGGAUCAAACCCGUGCCCCCUGCAGUGGAAGCACAGUCUUAACCACUGGACCGCCAGGGAAGUCCCCUGCGUCCUCAUCUCUAAGGUGGGAGUGACUACAGUGGGGCUGCCUCGGAGUCCACAUGGGGGUGAGACGAGUGAAUAUCUGGGGAGUGCUGGGGAGGGUGCCCGGCACCGUGUGGGCAGUGUAUGGGAGCUCCCACCUCUCCAGAACCUGACCAGCACUUGUGUUUAUAGUAAUUUCAUUCAUUUCAACCGUCUGAUAGACUACACAGUGCUGCUGUUCGGUUGCAUCGCUAAUUGCUGGUGAGGUUGAACGCCUGUUUUCUGUGACCUUCCUGUCCGUACCCUUUGUCCAUCUAAAAUUGUUCUCUUUUUCGAUUCAUAGGAGUUAGUUCUGUAUGCUGGAUAUUGAUCCUUUGUUAUGUAUAUAUGUACAUAAUUAUAUCUCUUUUUUCUUUUCUCUUUGAUGCUGUUCCUUGUCUUAACUGUGUUUGUUUUUAUCUGUUCAUGGAAAUUGGUUACCGCCGGUGUGGACGGCAGUUUGGCAAUAUCUAUUAAAAUUUAAUUGAACGGG